AUGUCUUCUAGAAGUUCUAGUUCUUCUCUUGAAGUAGAAAGAAGACCAGCAGCUAGAUAGCCUUAAAGGCCAGUCGAGCAAGAGACUUAGCCUUAAGAGUAAAUUACAGCCUAGAAAGUAUAGGAAAUAUAGAAGGAUUCUAGCUAGUUGGAAUAAGUUAGUCAAAAUAAUUAGUAUGCAAAAUAAGAACAAUAACAAGAUGAUAAAAAUAAAAAAAAUCGCUCAAGGUCUUCAAGCAAACAGAAAGAUGAAAAAAAAAGUGAUAAAUCUUCAAAUUAUGCAGACAAAAGGGAAUAUAAAGAAAAAAAAGAUAGUCGUUCAAGAAAUAGUAGAAGUAGAUCUCCAAAUUACAGAAGUAGAAGGGAAGAUGAUGAUAGAAAAUAUAGAGACAAUAAAGACAGCUAUAGAGAUAGAAAAAGGAGAGACGAUGAUUAUAAUUAUAACAGACAUAAAAAUGAUAGAGAAUUCCAUGAAGAUAGAUUAUAUAAAAAUAAAGAAGAUAGAUAUAACAGAGACAGAAGGAACUCUCCUGAUAGGAAUAAUUAAAAGAGCUAUAAAAGUUAUAGAGAUGAACGCAAGAGAAGUAGGUCUAGGGAUAGUGAAAAUAGAUAUAAAAGUAGUAGAAAUGAAAAAAAAUACAGCAGAAGAGACAACGAUUCAUAUGAAGAGAAAAAAUUAGAUAUUAGAUAAAAUGCUGAUGACAUGUAUGGCAAGAAAAAUGAUAAAAAAUCAAACAAAUAGGAAGACGAAGAAUAAAAACCUGAAGAAAACACAGUGUUAGAGAAACCUUGUUGGACUCCUUCAGGAAUUUUAGCUAAAUAUUAAAAUAAUGUGAAUGGUGUUACUCUCAAAUUCACCAAGCCACUUGAUGCAGAAAAGCCCAAAGAAAACUGGAGUCUUUAUCCAUUCAAGGGAGAUGAAAAGUUUGAUGUAAUUAGACUCAAAGGAGACAGUGCCUUUUUGGUAGGAAAAGACCCAAGAGUUUGCUUUAUUCUGUGCGAAAACCCAUCAGUCAGCAGUCAGCAUGCUGUAAUCCAAUUUAGAGAUAUCAAAUAAAUGGAUUAUGGAAUCGGAUAAUACACAUCAAUUAUAAGACCUUAUAUUAUGGAUUUAGAAAGCACAAAUGGAACUUUGCUAAAUAAUGAAAAAAUAGAGCCUGCUAAAUAUAUUUAAUUACUUCCUAAAGAUGUCUUAAAAUUUGGAUUUUCUUAAAGGGAAUAUGUUUUAAUGAAAGAAAACUGA